UUGCUCUACCUCCUCUACCAUUUCUUCAGUCACUGGUCUUCCAUUACUUCCUCACCGUUUUUUCACUUCGUCCACAUUGCCUGCAUUGCCAACACCUUUAGACUCACAAUUUCAUUGCCUUCAAGCUACAGGUCAAAUACUUUCUGGUCAUUGGCAUCAUUUUACUGCACAAGCAACUGUUGGAACUGAUAAAGAUGCAUCUGUUCUUUUGUUUGACAAAAAAUGUAACGUGAAAGGACCUUCCAGGCUAGGUCGUGCUAAUCGCCUCGGACUCUCAGAUUUAUUAAGAUACGAUUUGUCUCAAUUGCAACAACUUGUACAUCCUCGAAUAUUACGACUUUUACAUCCUUUAGUGGAAAAUAAAGAACUGAUUGGUUUUGCAUGUGAACCUUUAUAUUGUACAUUAGAUAAAUUAUUACUCGAAAGAGAAGAUGAACAGCAUUUUAAUAUUAAUAGUCAAUCAGAAGAAGAUAGUAAACAAUUACUUCUAGAUAAAUUGGAAAUGAAAUUGGGGGUAUUACAAUUAGUUGAGGGACUUUCUUAUUUACACAAUAAUGCAAAAAUCCUUCAUGGAAAUUUGACACCUCAGGCUGUCUUCGUUACUUCCUUUCAGCAUUGGAAAAUUGGAGGAUUUGCUUUCUCUGUAGCGCCUAAAAAGCCUGGAAUAUUUCCUUGCUUUCCUUGGACUAAAAAACUUCCAGCCUGUCUUCAACCAGAUUUGGAUUUUCUUGCUCCCGAGUAUUUAAUUCAAAAUGCACAAACAGUAACAUUGGCUGCUGAUGUGUUUUCGCUCGGUGUUCUAAUUUGUUGGAUUUAUUCAAAUGGAAAAAGAAUUAUUGAUGUUAAAAAUAAUUUGGAAAGUUAUCAAAUAGUAAUAGAACAAUUAGAUAUUGGAUUACAAUUAAUUGCUAAUGAACUUGGACCUAAUUUAAAAGCAUCACUUGUCAAAGUUUUAUCUAAAGAAGUAGAACAACGUCCGGCUAUUCAAAUGCUUGCUUUAAUAAAACACUUUGAUGAACCUUCACUUGGUGCUUUAAGACAAUUAGAUGAUUUGGCACAAGAAUUUGACCCAGCCAAUAAAGCAGCCUUUCUUAGACAUUCUCUAAGUGCAAUUCUCCCACAAAUCCCAGAAUCUCUUUGGUUUAGAAGAGUGCUUCGUCGUUUCAAUGAACAUUUACAGGGGACAACAGAAUUAAUGCCAGCACUAAUUAGUCCCCUUUGUUAUAUGCUUAAAAAUUGUGAAAGUCAUAAUAUACACAGAUUAAGGCCCUGGUUUAGACAAAUUGUUGCUGCAGCUGAAGAAAAAUUUUUAAGUCAAUCUCUACUUUCACAUAUGCCAAUUAUUUUAAGACGUUUAAGUGAUGAACAAGUAGAAGAUCGGUGUUUAGAUUUAUUAAUUUAUUUUCUUAAUGGAACAGAUCCUCAUUUAAAGCAAAAUUCUGUCCGUACAUUACCUCAUAUUGUUGAAUUUAUUCCUAAUAAUUAUUUAAGUAAAAGAUUAAUUCCAACUUUACAAAAUCAGGCCCAAUUCUUUCAAGAGCAAGUUUCUCGGCAAAUAGAUCUACUUGUAGCUAUUGGACAUUUAAGUGAUCGUUGUGAUACUCAAACACUUCAAUAUUUAUUAACUUUAUCUUCAGUUUGCUCAACAUUACAUCCAGCUAUAGUCCAUUCAAAAUCCCGUAUUGUUCAAAGAAUUUUAACUUGCGAUGUUAGCCGUUUUAGUGAUCCUCUUGUUAUUGCCCAUCAUUUACUUAAUCCUUUGGUUCUUGGUUUGGCUUUGCCAGAAAUAUCUCCUGCUCAUUUUGAUGAUGUAAUGAGCUCAUCUCGAAUUUUAUUGGAUAUAAUUGAACAACUUCGUUACGAUUCGGAUGAUACUCAACUAAAGGAAAAUAAUUAUCGCCGUCUCUGUAACCGUCGUGUUUCAAUGUCUUCUAAUCACCUUCCCCGUUUAUUAAUUACUGCGGCAACAAGGCCUUCAAUUGGUGGGGACAGUCGUAAAAUGUCUUUUCUUUCGGCAGAUGGUCGACUCGAAGAGGAUAGGGGUGGGGGUAUUGGAUCGGUAGCAGGCGCUUUAACUGAAAGAAGAGAAUCAAAAGAUUCGAGAUGUUCACUUGAAUCUGAAGUCUCUUUAAGACUUUGUAAGUUUUUUAAAAAUGCUUAAAAUACAUAUAAACAUGAAAAAAAAUUUUUGGGAUUGAAAAAUUGUAUCCUACAAUUAGGGGGUAUCUGGGGUAUCACUUGGGCAUCUCUCUCACAUCUCUCUCUCCGACCAAGUUUUAAAAAACGUUAGAGAUGUAUAUAGUAGUUAUGGGUGUAUUUUAUAGUAAGAUUCAACUGUAUAACAGGAAUAGGUUACCCGAUACACGGGCUUUUUUCCGAUCUGAGAAAUUUGAAUUCC